ACAGUCACUUAGCAGAAUACGACCAGGGGAGAGAGAGUUUAUCAUUUCCCCCGACUUAUGUGUCGCUGUGCUCCAGGGUAUGGCUAGCAAAGUGUCUGAAUCCCGACAGCAAGCGAAGAACCCAUUUGACUGGAUGAGUGAAGAGCAGUUUAAAAAUGUCCAGAUUCUUGCCACAUACUUUGACUGGUUUGGAGACCUCUUUGAUCGUAUGUACAAGGAUGGUAAAGAUCUGACAUGGAAGACAUUUUGUGAGAGUGAGCAGCCUGAAAAUUCUUCCAAGGUAAAAUGGCCUGAUGGUAUGGAUGGACUAAAUGCCCUUCAUAGGUUUCUUAUCUUACGAGCUGUGAGGAUGGAUAGGAUUCUGCCAGCAGCUUCCAACUAUAUCAGUGCGACUCUGGGGAAGAUGUAUGCAUCAGAAGCAGUUGUUGAUCUUCAAACGUCUUUGUCGUGGAUGACACCUUAUCAGCCAGGGCUACUUAUAUAUAGCAGUGAUUGUAAUUUGCCCCGGACCUUACUCCUGGAUUUUGCAGAAAAGAAAAGUCAGAAGAUAACUGUAUUCCCCAUCAGUACACCUGGUGAAGAAAUACAUGAAUUGCUCAUUGAUGCAAUGUCAGAGGGUAGUUGGCUCUUCUUGGAGAACAUCCAAAAUUCUGCCAAGAUAAUGAUGUCAUUAGGGGAGAUCCUAAAUUCUAAGAAGAACUCGGACAAGAACUUCCGCUUGUGGCUGUCUGUCCAAGCCAGUGAAGAGCUGCCAACACGACUGCUCCAUUACACUGUAAAAAUUAUUGUGGAUAUGCCAAUGGUAAAUAACACUUGA